GCCUUAAACCAAAAAACUUAAAUUGUGUUAUUUUUGCUUCCCUAAUAAUCCGAUACAUUUAUAACAUCGACUAAUUUUUAGUAUUUGGUAUACCACAUCCACAUCUCUAAUAAGUAGCAUGCAGAAGUCAAAUCGUCAUCGGCUCAGUGAGGAGCAGCUACUUAAAGCUAUACAGAAGAAAAAAGAAUGUAAUGCAAAGGCCCAGAAAAUAGUUGAGUUGUUUUUAGAAAGAAACAUUGCAAGAGACUAUUUCCUGACUCAGCUGAAAGAUAUCAAUCAAUGUCAUUACGACGACAUAGUAGACGAACGACACAUUCUUCUAAUAUGUGGGUAUCCGUUAUGUGGAAAUCUAUUGGAAAAAGUGCCUUCAAAAAAAUAUCAAAUAUCGACAACUAUAAACAAGGUUUACGAUAUAACGGAUCGUAAAAAGUUUUGUAGCUCUCAGUGUUUCAAAGCGUCCGAGUUUGUAAAAUCGCAAAUAUUAGUGAGUCCGCUUUGGUUGAGACAAAAUGAACAAAUACCUGAGUUUAAAUUGUUGGAUGAAAAAAAUACAUAAUUUGGUACCAAUUUUUCCAUAAGAUAAAUCAUAUAGAAAAACUUUUACAGAAGCGGCAAACUAAAAACAGAAACCAUUUAAAUAUUGAUAAGUAAUAUUGUAAGUUUUGAUGUAUAACGGUAACACAUUAAUUCCGAUUUGAGCGAUGAAUACAAAGUAUAAGAAGUUCAAGUGCAAUGUUCCACUUGAAUGUAUAAGCGUAUAAUUUAAGGUUAAAUUAGUGGUUUUCAGAAAGAAAAUAUAUUGAAAUCUUUCAUAUAAUUUUUAAAUAGUAACAUAACCAUACCAAACAGUUAAACCAACCAACCCUAUGGCUAACACUGAUAGGGUCACCAUUAAUUAACUGGCAUAACUUCGCAAAUCUAUGGAAUUAGUAAUAAAAUAAUAAACAAGAUGGCAGAUGAAGAGAUGUUCCAAAUCUUUCAGAAUAUACUGAAAACUUAAAAUUACAACAAAACAGUUGGCGAAAUUAGCACUCAGGUAACUCAGGAUGACCAGAAUAAACGUACGACGAAGUUUACCUUCGUAUGGCAACCUGCCCUUUUCACAGCCCGGAAAAUAUUUGUCGAAAAAAAACACCAAGUGUUGAAAAGAACGACCCACUUUGCGAGGAUACAUAUACUUUGCCGCGGCUUAUGAUUCUGAUAAUGAGUUUAGAGAAAUUAAUAAAUACAAGUAGUCAAUCUGUCAGCAUUGUCACAACAAUUAAAGCAGCUAUGAAAUACAUCUUUCCGCCACAAUAUUAUUUAUAGAUUGAAGAUUUUCUAUACCAUUCGUUGUUCUAUCUGUCUCAUUCACCACUGCUGGUUCCGGUGAAUUUUUUUCAUUUAUUACAAAUGUUAUACUCUUUAUACGUUUAUUAACGUAUGGUAAUCGAUAUGGCAAUGAAUUUGAUCAUUAAUCGAGAUUAGAACAUAUGUAGUAGUUUCCCAUCACUAGUUUUAGUCAAAAUAAACAAAUUAUCUGUCCGGAAUGGUUUGUGAUCGGUGCGAAGCGAAAUUGUCCAAAGUUGCAACACCUGAUCCAUGGAAAAAUGGAGCAGGAAAGAGAAAAAUCAACGAAAACAAAUUUUUGUCUACCGCGAGAGAUAGACAAAAUCCCAUUGCUAAAAGUUUAGCACCAUGUAGAAUAUGUAGGCAGAAAGUUCAUCAGAUUGGCUCCCAUUAUUGUCAAGCAUGUGCCUACAAAAAAGCUAUUUGUGCCAUGUGUGGAAAAAAGCUGCUCGAUACCAAAAAUUAUAAACAAAGUUCCACUUAGAACAAAUGUAUAUAUUACACGCUUUAAUGUUUACAAAAAAUGUACAUUUAGAGCUUAACAUAAUUUUUGUAAUGUUAAUAGAUUUAGUUAAGAAUUACUAGUUUUCUUCUUUUUAUUUGACGUAGAAUAACUGAGGGAUUCUUUAUCGAAUUCCAGAGGCAUAAUUCCCAAGUCCCCGCUAUAUCGAUUUUUUACAAUUUGCAAAUAUUUUUUCCCUCGAAGAGAUGUUAGACGCUUAUCUUGGAUAAUAAGGACGUUGUCCGCUUCUUGUGUAGCUUUAGCUGUUCCAAACACCGAACUUGUGGUAAGAUCUUCGUCUGCACGUUCUUUGCGCGGAUGCAUAACUAAUGUUACAUGAACAUUAUUCUUCGUGGCAAAGGAACGGAAGGCAGAUAUAAUCGAAUCUUGUUCCCAGAAUUUAUCGCUUUUCUGUGCGAUUGACAUGCCCAUCAUAAAUUGAAGAUUAUCUAUAAUAACAUGGCUAAUGUCAUGAAUAUACUGGGCAUGUUCGACCGCCUCCAUUACUAAUUUAAGCGGUUGUUGUCCAUGAAAAGUCAUAAAAUAUAAGGGAUAUCUUUCAAAUUCACUAGUCCAAUAUUCAAACUCGUUAAGUUUAUCCUCAAGCGAAUAACCAACAUACUGACGUAAUAAUGUAGCUGCUAGACGACAGUUGCGUAUCUCAAAAGAUCCCCAUAAAGUUGAAACUCCUUGUAAAGCUAAGUCCAACGAGUAUUCACUCAUAAAGGUUGUUUUUCCACUGCCAGUAGGCCCUGUUAAGAUUGUUAAUUCUCCCUUUCUGUGGCCUUUCAGUAUUUUAUUCAAUAUGGGAUAUCGUUUCCAUUUUACUCCAUUGACUUUUUCUAUGUUUUGCAGCUCACUGAGGAUAUCAUUUUUAAGGGCGCUGAACGUAGUUAUAGAUUUGUGGCACAUUGACGUGGCUUUGUUUAGAAUAUGCUGUAAAUUAAACCGUUUUUUAUGAGCUUCAAAUGGAGCAGGCUCUGUGUCAGUGGGUCUAAUAAAAAAACAACGUUUUUCUUCCAGUUUCUUGGCAAAAUUCUUUGCAGCAUCCCAGUCCGUUGUCUCGAAAUUAAACCAAAAAACUACUUCUUUAAAUUUUUCAAGGCAUGGAAGGCAUUCCUGAGGAAGAGAUUUCAAACCAUAGGGCAAACAUGCAAUUGAUGCUAAAAGUUGAAAAAAAUGAAAUUAAGAAAAAAUCUGCAUAUUUAUAAUGAACAUAAAUGUUUUAAGUAAUAUCACAUUUGGAAACAAGUCAAAUUUACCUACUGUUACUCAAACGCUGGAUCGAUAAAAUGAUGAAGUCCAUAAGAUUAGACACUAAAACCACUCGCGAAAAUUUGUGUGGAGCAUUAGACAAUAGCAAACCAGAGUGGUUAUAAUUUUCUACUGUUUCCUCUCUCCUAUCGGACAAGUAAAGAAUUUUCUCUCCAACAACUUUAUUAGCUACAUUUUUUAUGGGGAAACGUAAGCAAUUUAUAUUAGGUUCAUAUUGUGCUCCUAAGUGCACAAAGUCUGAAGACUGAAGGCCUCUCAUUCCAAGCUUGUCACAAACACUUUGUGAAACUGGCUGUAAGUUCGUAAAUUUACUUUCAUAUUCCACAUCUCUGCACUUCGCAUCACCUUUGCAAUUUUUCUCGUAUAAAUGAAGAAUGUCUGUCACAUUUUUCUCGAGGUUACAGUUUGGGCACAGGAAGAGACCUAGCAAAAUUAAUAAAAUAAAAAAUAUUUUUGAAACAAAAUGAAUUACACACCAGUUCGUUU